AGCCCAAUUAAUGAAAGCCAGUGAUACCAUGUAAUAGACAAAAGAAAAGGCCCAGCCCGUCAAUAAAAAAAGCACUGAACCGCGUUUUUUGACGCCGGACUUAAGACGCAAAGACGCAGGGGUUUUCUUCAUCCACCCUACAAACACAGUAACCCUCUCUCUCUCUCUCUGUGUGUGUGUGUGCGUGUGACACUCACAUCCAAAGCAGUUUUUUCUCGUCAAUCUUCAACCCUUCGUCUUUAAUAUAUCCAAUUCUACUUCUAUUCUACGCUUUCAUUCGACGCAAGCUGGCUCAUAUCUUAUUCGGCAUCAUAAUUCUUCUACACUUUGAACUCUCGCCAUUUCUUAAUCUUCUUUUAUUUGUCACUUUAUAAAUGCUCUUUCCUUAUCCUUAUUUAUGUUCCACAUUAAGCUAAGCAUGCAAUUUCACCCAUUAUUGGUUUAUUAAUCAGAAAUUGAGGAAAUUUAAAAGAGAUGGAUAAUUCCCAAGAUCAACCCCUCCCUCCAGGUGUUCCUUCUUGGCCGAACUAUGCUCAUACUGUUCCUUCAACUCAAUAUCAGUUUUCUCCCAAUGCAACUCUUAACUUUCAACAAGGAACCCUAUAUCACUCUGGACAAGCCUUAGCCUCUGAGGUCCCUCCCAAUGCAAAAUCAACGAAGCAACAAGAAGAAAACAUGUCUUCAAAUUCAAACCAUGUUGAGAAUUCUGAAGUGGAUGGUGUUACGGUGAAUGUUUCCAAAUACUAUGGAGGACAAUUAAACGACGCGCGUUGCAUUGAUGUUGCUGCUCAGGACGCUGUGUUACGUGAACAAGAAAUUGCUACACAGAAUAUUAUAAGGAGUCAAAGAGAGGGAAGAACCGUUGCUUCAUCAGAUACCAAGGAUAAUUUAGAUGUAUUCUUAGAACGUCGUGACCCUAAUGCUUUGAAGGAGCAUCUGUUGAAAAUGGCCACAGAGCAUCGGGCUGAAAUGGCUGUUAAGCGUGGGAAAGCUGCACGUCUUGAAGGUAACACAGAAAUAGGUAAUGGAUAUGGUGUACCCGGUGGAGGUGCCUAUUAUGAUGCUCCCAAGCUUAAUACUACUCCAGGUAGCAAUGCAUCUGGUCAGCCUGAAUCUAUACUUGAUAGAUGUUCAGAGCAAAAACCUGCAACUAAAGAAUUGCCUGAGUACCUCAAGGAGAGGUUGAGAGCUAGGGGUAUUCUUAAGGAUGAUACACAUGCUGCAGAUCUUAAAGGUACUACAGCUGAAGUUACAGAAAAUGAAAAGUUGCCUCCAGGAUGGGUGGAGGUGAAAGAUCCGGGAAGUGGGGCAUGUUAUUAUUAUAAUGAAAGUACUGGAAAGAGUCAAUGGGAAAAACCUCACGAAGCAUCCAUAACUGAGAAAUCACCAUCUUCUUCACAUCUUCCAGAAAAUUGGGUGGAGACAUUGGAUGAAACAACAGGUCAUAGGUAUUACUACAAUACAAAAACUCAUGUUUCACAAUGGGAGUAUCCUAAUUUAACUCAGGAAGUUGUUUCCAAUCAGUCAGACUUGUCUGUUGGUGGUGGGUAUGGUCAAUCAUCUAAUUUUCCAAGGUGCCUGGGAUGUGGUGGAUGGGGUGUUGGCCUUGUUCAAGCAUGGGGUUACUGCAGUCACUGCACAAGAGUUUUGAAUCUUCCACAAUGUCAAUAUUUGACCUCAAGUUUGAAUAGUCAGCAAAGCAGUGCUGCACAUCCCAGUGAAAAUUCUGAUCAAAGGGCUGGCAAACAGAGGUUCAGUUCAAAACCUCCAUUUGAUAAGGGAAGUAGAAAAGGGGGCAAGAAACGUGCCUAUGCCGAGGAUGAUGAGUUGGAUCCCAUGGACCCUAGCUCAUAUUCUGAUGCUCCUCGUGGUGGCUGGGUGGUGGGUCUGAAAGGCGUGCAGCCACGAGCAGCUGACACAACAGCAACAGGUCCUCUCUUUCAACAACGACCAUAUCCAUCACCUGGAGCUGUUUUGCGAAAGAAUGCUGAAAUUGCUUCUCAGAAGAAGAAAUCAAAUUCACAUUAUACUCCCAUAUCCAAAAGGGGUGAUGGCAGUGAUGGGCUUGGUGAUGCAGACUAGGAUCAUCUUAUCAACAAAAAUGAGUUCACCUUUGUCGUGCUGUUUGUGCCAAGUGGAUGAAAUGUAUCACAUCAUUUUACUCUAUUAUCUGUGAGUUAGAUAACGAUGCAUUUCAUUGGUAAACCAGCCGGGCUAUUGUGCUAUUAUAUUGUGUGACUUACUGCAAAUAAUGGGCAAUUUGCAUAGCUUCAAUGCUUCAAACAAACGACUGGACAGAAGCUGUCUUUAUACCAAAGAACUGGAGUUGAUAUAUUUGAAGCAUUCUGACAGGUGAAACUUGAACUCAGCUUGGUAACAUUCAUGUGCAGGAACUCCACAACCAUAUGAUUUUUCAUGAUUUGGAAGUUUUAGAGAAUCUGAAGACUGGGAAGGAAAGGAAAUUUUGUGCCUUCCAGCAUUUUCAAUUUUCUUUUCUCUUUGUUCAUCUUAGAGUUUUCUGGUUGGUCAUGUUAUGCGAGAAAUAAAAAUAUUUUUCAUUACUGCACUCUGGAUCUUUAUGAUGUAGUCCGUAUCUUUUCUGCCCCCUUGAAAUACACAUGUAUACCCUAUUUCCUAUCGGCAGGGUCUCAGGGUUUCAUGUGUUGUUUUACAUAUAAAAUAAAGCAUUAUACAUCUAUUGUUGCAGAAAUGUAGCUGGCUGUGUCUAAAUAACAGCACUUUCAUGAGUGCGUAAAUGUAUGAACUGCAACUUGAGACAUAAUUAAUAGUAGGGAUUUUUUUACUGCUUGCAGUAUC